UAUCACCUUUUCACCAUCAAGAAGUGCAAAGGUCGCCUACCGUUGUCUGUAGUUGGAGCUCACGUUGUGCAGACGGCACGGCAGGUGUGGCUGUCAGUAUUGGAAUCCAUGUAAAUUUGACCUCUUCUGCAGAAAUUUCGUGAAUGUCGAGUGGAAAUUUAAAACAUGGAUACGACACUGCAGAAUUUGAACAAGCUGCUCAAGGACAUGAGUCUGGAUCCGGAGAAACAGCAUCAAGAAGUGAUCAAUGAAGUUUGCCUAAAAAGAAAGAACUUAGGAAAACCAGAAAAAUUGAAACACCUGGCCAUGCGAGUCAUUAUUUCAAACGGCGGCCUUUAUCUCAGCAGAGUUGCGAAUCCUUUUGCUGUUUUGCCAAAUACUUUGGUCCAGGAAUUUCUGAAAUUCAUCAUGAAUGAGCAGAAACGCGUGUUAGGGUCAACCUUGAUCCCACUUGGCCUCCAAGAACAAUUUACAAUCCUUUUGCUGAAUGAAAAUCUAACCAUCUUUGAUGAUUCAAUACUGCCAAAAAAUUCUGACCAGCCUAAUGUUGCUUUCUUCGAACAUGCCGUGCAAAAUUGCCCAAAGGUCUCAUUUUUUGCUGCUCGAGAUGGAGGUUAUGACAAUUGGAAAACACUAUUGGGUUUGGACAACUAUUUGUACUCUGAAGUUCCUUUGGAUAUUUUGAAGCUACAAAAUCUUCGCACUUUGCGCUUGACAACAAGUGUAUGCACCGAGGAGUUUAUACAACAACUUGGCCAACAGAUCCCACGACUAGAUUGGUUGGAAAUAGUGCUGCUCAAAUCCAAGCUUAGCGCCAAAGCUCCAGAAUAUUUUUCAAAAAUGCUCUGCCUCAGAGGCUUAGUCAUUUCAACUCGAGGCUACGGAGAAAGUGUGGAUAUUGAACUGCUUGUCCAGAUUGUGGGUUCGAUUCCCAAUAUCGAAGUCCUAAGCCUUGCCGAGUGUCCAGUUUCCGACAAUGACAAUUGGAUGUUAAAGGGUAUUUUGCAAAUAUUUUUCCUUGAGGAAUUUGGACGUCUGUACCCCAACAAGCAGCUGCUGAUGAUAAGCGUCUUUGUGCCCAAUUUCCAACAAGUUACGUGGCCUCAAAAUGUGAUAGUUGAAGAAUUUGGCAUCGAAGGAGACGUAACUGCAGACGAAAUUUUAAAAGUGUUGUUGGCUAUGCCUCGUCCUCCUAUAAGAAUGGUAUUUUCUGAUGUGCCAUUUUGCUCUGUAUACGGUGCCCUAGAAAAGUUCGGGCCACACCUUCAGUCAGUAACAAUUGAUCAGGGCGUUGAGAGCUCUCUGGGCCUGGAUGUUCAAUUGGGAAAGCUGAACUUGAUCAACAUUAUUGAGCUGUGCCCAAACCUGGAAGGACUGAUUUUAAGUGACCCUGGCGUGCAGAUGGAGAAAAUCAGCCUCAAUGAUGCCCGACUGCUGAACUUGCCACUUGAUACAUUCAAAAAGUGGAAAAUGUUUGAUUUGAACGAAUGCUUUCACUGAUUGCCAAUAUUUGAUGAACUCUCAGUAAAUGAUUUGCUGUUCAAAAAGUAUAUUCUCGGAUCUGAUCCUAAGCAAACCCGCCUUUUCCACCUCUGGACCUUUGGCCGGAUGCAAGUCAUUGCUGAGGCUUUGAAAGAAAGCUCAGUCUGCCUAAGCAAAUUAGAGAGCAUUCAUAUUGCAUUGCACAAACUAUCAAUGGUCGAGCCAGCACUGAAAAUUGCCCACAGCUUGAUUUUGCGGUCUCCAAUAUUUGAAUGAAAUCAGUCUGCAAUGUUUGGAAGAGGUUCAAAGCUCAGUCUUAAAAGACAAAAACUAUGAAUGGUUCUUUCAAUUUGCCACAGCUGUAAAUGUUUGCAUUACUUGAUAAGAAAAGUGAACCACAUCUUUGAAGCGGCUCGUUGCUUGCCUUUAAUACCAACACUUCAGUAGUAGUUUCAUUAUUUCUUGUAUUAUUGUUGCAAAUUACAAACAUAGUAAUUCAAAUAAGUAUUUAAAAAAUAAUAUACCUAAAAGUUGAAUUUGUUACGUUUGUAUAUAAUUAUAUCAGAGCCAACACAAAAAAAUUUGCAAUAUGGAGAAUAUUUUUACCAAAACGUAAUUACAUGUAGUUAGCCAUUGAAUUUAUUGAAA